GACAACUUACACUUCUAAAUUUUCUUUCAGCUUUUGGAGAUGACUUUCGUUGCAGACCUCCCGCCUCUCUUAUCCGCGAACUCCCCGCACCAUUUCGGCACCAGAGCCUGUCAGUUCUCGGCGCUUUCCCUCACUAGAAAUUCCCUCUUCUUCAAGCUCUCCGUCCCUCCUCUCGGUAGAAAUGCCUGCUCCAGGCGUCGUCUGCCAGGCUUCGGAGUCAUUUCCCAGGCCACCGGCGCGCAAUCCAGAGGCAUUUCCAAUGUUGAACUUUCCGCCGCCGCCGAUGCUGGCCAAGAUCGUCUCUCGAAGGUCCCAAUAUCGAAUAUCAGAAAUUUCUGCAUUAUUGCACAUAUUGACCAUGGGAAGUCGACGCUAGCAGAUCAAUUGCUUCAAAUGACUGGUACUGUGCAGAAGAGGGAAAUGAAGGAACAAUUUCUUGAUAAUAUGGAUUUGGAGAGAGAAAGAGGCAUCACAAUCAAAUUGCAGGCAGCUCGUAUGCGUUACUUGUUCGGAGGUGAACCAUAUUGCCUGAACCUAAUCGAUACUCCUGGGCAUGUUGAUUUUUCGUAUGAGGUUUCACGUUCUCUUGCUGCCUGUGAAGGUGCUCUUCUUGUUGUAGAUGCUUCUCAGGGAGUGGAAGCCCAGACACUGGCUAAUGUUUAUUUGGCCUUGGAAAACAACCUAGAAAUUAUCCCUGUUUUGAACAAGAUAGAUCUUCCGGGAGCUGAACCAAAUCGCGUUUCACAAGAGAUUGAAGAGGUGGUUGGGUUAGAUUGUAGCAAGGCAAUACACUGCUCAGCAAAGGAGGGACUGGGCAUAGCUGAAAUUUUGAAUGCAAUUGUUGAGCGGAUUCCCUCGCCCCAAGAUACUGCUGAACUGCCUUUGAGGGCUCUAAUAUUUGAUAGUUAUUAUGACCCCUAUAGGGGCGUGAUUGUAUAUUUUCGAGUCAUUGAUGGAACAAUAAAGAAAGGUGAUCGGAUUUAUUUUAUGAUUAGUGGAAAGGAUUAUUUCGCUGAUGAAAUUGGAGUUUUAUCUCCCAAUCAAUUGCCAGUUGAUGAAUUGUAUGCUGGUGAGGUGGGUUAUCUUUCUGCUUCUAUAAGAUCUGUAGCAGAUGCAAGGGUUGGUGAUACUAUUACUCACUAUAGUAGAAGGGCUGAAAAGUCACUGCCUGGAUAUGAGGAGGCCACUCCAAUGGUUUUUUGUGGCCUUUUUCCUGUGAAUUCAGAUCAAUUUCCUGAGUUACGUGAUGCAUUGGAGAAGUUACAGCUCAAUGAUGCUGCUUUAAAGUUUGAACCAGAAACUUCAAGUGCUAUGGGCUUUGGCUUUAGAUGCGGGUUCUUGGGUCUUCUCCACUUGGAAAUUGUUCAGGAAAGGCUUGAGAGAGAAUACAAUUUGACCCUAAUUGCCACAGCUCCAAGUGUUGUAUACCAAGUGAACUGUGUAAAUGGUGAUACUGUCGAAUGCUCAAAUCCAUCUUUACUUCCUGAACCUGGCAGGAGGAAGUCAAUUGAAGAGCCAUUUGCUAAGGUUGAAAUGUUCACGCCUAAAGACUAUAUUGGUGCACUAAUGGAGCUUGCCCAAGACAGAAGAGGAGAGUUCAAAGAAAUAAAGUUCAUCACUGAGAAUAGAGCCUCAAUCACCUAUGAAUUACCAUUAGCAGAGAUGGUGGGUGAUUUUUUUGAUCAGUUGAAGUCUAGAAGUAAAGGUUAUGCUAGCAUGGAAUACUCUUUUGUCGGAUACAAGGAAAGUGAACUAAUCAAGCUUGACAUUCAGAUCAAUGGUGAUCGUGUGGAACCAUUGACAACUAUAGUGCACAAGGAUAAGGCAUAUUCUGUGGGAAGGGCUUUAACUCAAAAGCUAAAGAAGCUUAUACCUCGUCAAAUGUUCAAAGUGCCCAUUCAAGCAAGCAUUGGUUCCAAAGUGAUUGCUAGUGAAUCUUUAUCUGCCAUUAGGAAAGAUGUUCUAUCCAAAUGCUAUGGUGGGGACAUCACAAGGAAAAAGAAAUUGCUUAAGAAACAGGCUGAAGGAAAGAAAAGAAUGAAGGCCAUUGGUAAAGUUGAUGUGCCUCAAGAAGCAUUCAUGGCCGUGUUGAAACUUGAAAAAGAGGUCAACUCUGCCUCACAUUGCUCGCAUUGAAGACUAUUUUUUGGCAUCCAAGCUCAAAUGACUUAUGCAGUAUGAAGAAGGGCAAGUCAAAUUACUGUGACAGGUGUUAGGUGUCCAUGGAUGAUUCAAUGCACCCAUUGCACAAUUGCUCGAAGGCUGGACAGUAGGAAGUUUUUCAAUUUUGACAAAAUUUUCUUCUCUUGGUGCAGUUAAUUGCCUAAAGAUUCAUAUUAUGUAUAUCAAUAGUUGAGAUGGUAAGAGAGAUAGAUGUAGAAAGUUUAUUAUUAUUGGUAGAAUAAUUUGGAAGGCUUAUGAUGUUGAAGUGAUUGAGAAUAAAAUUGUUCUCUCUCUUAUCUAACAAAUGGAGAUUGGAACGUUGGAGCA